CCUUGGCUGAUAUCAGUGCGAUGAUGUUGGACAGCUGAAAUGCCCAUCUGCCAACCUCACUGAAAACGGCAAUAAUCCGCUCGAUCGUCCAAUCUCUGCGUCCACCGAUUUGCUUCCUUGCCUCCUCGAUGUGCGAUGCGCUUGAUCAACGUAGCAGCCUUUCUGGAGUUUGAAACAGGGAAAACUCAUUCGGAUGCCAGGCUACUGGUGGAGAUUUAUAGUCCAAUGCUUGAGGAAACAGGAUUUGCCAUACUAUCUCACUGCUGGGGUGACCCUGUGGAUGAGGUACAGUACAUCGAUAUUGAAGGACUUACGAAGAUGGAUGAUGCUGCCAGAGACGAGAUACGGGGGCGCAGUGGGUAUAGGAAAAUACUCAAGUGUUGCGAGCGGGCCUUUCAUGACGAAUUUCUCUGGCUCUGGGCGGACACGUGUUGCAUCGACAAGCGGAGCAGUGCUGAACUUACCGAGGCCAUCAACUCCAUGUACGUGUGGUAUGCCAAUUCGGAUCAUUGCUAUGUCUUCCUCCAUGACGUCGAUGGCCGAAGGCUCCCUGCUCAACAGGACCACAAAAGUUACCCAGAAUUCAACGGCUGGCCCAAAUGGUUUUCGCGCGGGUGGACGCUUCAGGAACUUAUUGCUCCCUCGAAUGUCCAUUUUUUCAAUCAGAAUUGGGAACUUGUCGGUGACAAGCAUGGCCAAGCGCAAACUCUGAGCAUCAUUACGGGGAUUUCAAAGGAUGUCUUAGAGAAAGGACUCAGUUCGUCAAAUCCCAGUGUGGCCCAAAUUAUGUCUUGGGCUGCACACCGGAGGACGACGCGAGAGGAAGACCGAGCAUACUCGUUAUUGGGGCUGUUUGGCGUUCAUAUACCAAUGUUGUAUGGGGAAGGAAAAAGCGCAUUCCUUCGGCUGCAACGAGAAAUCAUACGGAUGACCAACGACCAAAGUAUAUUUGCAUGGUACUGGACAGGGCGCAAGGACAUAGGGUGGUCCCCCAGCUUUCUUGCAGAUGAGCCUGGCUGCUUUCAUGAUUGUUCAAGCAUACAGCGGAUGGAUGUAGACGCUCUCCAGAGACGCCACCAGCUAGCAAGGUACCCACCGGACAUCAAGGCAUAUCCAGAGAGAUUUCAAACGUUCACAGACACUAAUCAUGGGAUUCAAAUAUGGCUAUUUCUGCAGAACGAUCGGUCUUCUCCAGAUCUCUACUCCGUCAUGCUGGCAUGCCGAAAGGCUGGAGAGCAGAGUCCCAUUGUCAUUAAAAUGCGGCGAUUCGGUUCCAACUACUCUCGGUGUUUUUACCGUCACCCAAUUGCCUGGAACGACAAGGAGCCGACCGAAUUCAAGCAAAUUUUUCUUCCCUACCGAGACAAAGUUACCAAUAACCUGAACAUCAGAGGCCCCCUGGCCAGACAGAACCGGUUGCCGCAGAUUUCGUUUGUAGAUAUCAUACCCAGCGAUAUCGUCAUCGCGGUCUUAGGUGGAUCAGGUUCCGGAAAGACUAGUAUCAUCAAAAGUCUUAUCAGAACCUCACAAGAAGAGGGGGCAGAUAGGCUCACAGUCCCUACAAUAGCUGUCGUCGCGUAUGCGCGCAUCAGCCAAGGGAAACGCUACGUGUUUAUAGACACCCCAGCGUUCGAACCACAAUCAUUUGAGGUAAUACUCAGGAAAUUGUUUGAGAUAUACCAGAGGUCUAUCAGGCUUACAGGUGUGAUCUACACACACAAUGUGAUAGCCGGGUUUUCGCAAGACGACGAACGUAAUAUGCAGAUUUUAGAAAACAUGUGCGGGGAGGCAAUUGGUCGUCUAAGGGUGAUAACAACCAUGUGGGAUGCGGUUGAUUUCCAAUUUGCAAUGGAAGUGGAGCACAAAUUGAUGAUGUGUUGCGAGUCGCUUGUCAAAGCAGGUGCAAGUUGCCAAUGGUUUAUCAAUAAUCAAGAAUCGGCAUGGGGAAUCUUACAUGACCUAGGGGAUAAGAAGGUGCCUCUUUUAUUUCAGAAGGAGAUGGAGGAAGGAAUGGGCUUGUGGGAAACAUCUGCACUCCGGGGAUUUGCUCUUCCAUGUGAAAUGUAGUAUCGCUAUCUGUGUUGGAUAUGUACACUUCGACGUAAGGCUAGCAAGGAUAAGUGGCGCUACCGGUAUUC